AUGAACCGGAAAGCAAGGCGCUGGAUUUGCCCCAUCUUCCUGAGCCUGGGCAUCGUCUACAUCAAAAUUGGGGGCUUCUCCUCUGUGGUGGCUCUUGGGGCCAGCAUCAUCUGUAACAAGAUCCCAGGGCUAGCUCCCAGACAGAGGGCAAUCUGUCAGAGCCGACCUGACGCUAUCAUCGUGAUCGGAGAAGGGUCUCAAAUGGGAAUCAACGAGUGUCAAUUUCAGUUCCGAAAUGGUCGUUGGAACUGCUCAGCCCUGGGAGAGCGGACGGUCUUUGGGAAAGAGCUGAAAGUGGGGAGCCGAGAAGCUGCAUUCACCUAUGCCGUCAUUGCUGCAGGUGUGGCUCAUGCCAUUACAGCUGCGUGUACACAGGGUAACCUGAGUGACUGUGGCUGUGACAAGGAGAAGCAGGGCCAAUAUCACCGAGACGAAGGCUGGAAGUGGGGGGGCUGCUCUGCUGACAUCCGCUAUGGCAUCGGCUUUGCCAAAGUCUUCGUGGAUGCAAGAGAGAUAAAACAGAAUGCUAGGACCCUUAUGAACUUACACAACAAUGAGGCUGGACGCAAGAUUCUAGAAGAAAAUAUGAAGCUGGAGUGUAAAUGCCAUGGGGUGUCAGGGUCGUGCACCACUAAAACAUGCUGGACAACGCUGCCCAAGUUCCGCGAGCUGGGCUACAUCCUGAAGGACAAGUACAACGAGGCGGUGCACGUGGAGCCUGUUCGAGCCAGCCGCAACAAGCGCCCCACCUUCCUCAAGAUCAAGAAACCCUUAUCCUACCGCAAGCCCAUGGACACGGAUCUGGUGUACAUCGAGAAGUCGCCCAACUACUGUGAGGAAGAUCCCGCCACGGGCAGCGUGGGGACCCAGGGCCGCAUGUGCAACAAGACCGCCCCUCAGGCCAGUGGCUGCGACCUCAUGUGCUGCGGCCGCGGCUACAACACCCACCAGUACGCACGCGUGUGGCAAUGUAAUUGCAAAUUCCACUGGUGUUGUUAUGUGAAGUGUAACACGUGCAGCGAACGAACAGAAGUGUACACCUGUAAGUGA